AUGGUGCAGUUCACCGCCGCGUUCAGCAUCGAGUCCUGCGUCCACGUCGAGGGCGUCGUCUCCCUCCCCGAGGUGCCGAUCGCGACCACCACACAGCAGGUUGAGAUUCAAGUCAGCAAGAUCUAUUGCAUCAACAGGGCAACCUCGAUGCUUCCAUUUAGCAUUGAGGAUGCAGCACGGAGUGAGGCCGAACAAGCUGUUCAUGUUGGGCAAGACACCUGCUUGAAUGCUAGGGCUCUUCAUUUGCGAUUACUCUUCAACCAAGCAGGAUUCCGGAUCAAGACUCAAGUGAAAAACAAAUUCAGAGAGUUUCUGUCGUCAAAGGACUUCGUCGAGAUCGAAACGCCAAAACUGAUGGCCGGCUCCAGCGAGGGAGGUGCGGCCGUGUUCAAGCUGCUGUACCACGGACAGCCUGCCUGCUUAGCGCAGUCUCCUCAGCUACACAAGCAGAUGGCCAUCUGCGGCGGGUUCGAACGCGUAUUCGAGGUUGGCCCUGUGUUCAGAGCAGAAACCUCCAGGACGCCCAGGCAUCUCUGUGAGUUCACUGGGCUUGACGCUGAGAUGGAGAUCAUGGAGCACUAUUUCGAAGUCUGCGAUGUCAUAGCUGGCUUGUUUGUGUCAAUAUUUAGACAUUUGAAUGAAAACUGCAAGGAGGAACUUGGCGUCAUAAACAAGCAGCGUCCGUUUGAACCUCUGAAGGACGCUGUAACAGAACUCGAGCCUAUGGGAGACCUGACUACUGAAGCUGAGAAAGUGCUUGGUCGGCUUGUCAAGGAAAAGUACGGCACAGACUUCUACAUCCUCCACCGGUAUCCUUUGGCCGUGCGCCCGUUCUACAUCAUGCCUUGCCCUGACAAAACCCGGCUUACAGCAAUUCUUUCGAUGUCUUCAUUCGAGCCAUGGCGCACCUCCACAUGGUGGUUUCGGGGUGGGGUUGGAGAGGGUGACGGCGCUCUUCUGCGGCCUCAACAACAUCAAGGAGAUGUCCAUGUUCCCCCGUGA